UCAAAUUAGGGGAAGAAAAGAUGGCGGAGGCUUUGCCAGGGGACCCGGAAGCACUUACCCUCCACUUCCUCCUCCUGUUUGGCUUCUGUCUCACCUAGACCCGUCCGGUCGCAGACUGUCUCCGAGACGCUUCCUGUCCGUAACAGAAUCAGCAUGAUUCUUCAGAGGCUCUUCAGGUUCUCCUCUGUCAUUCGGUCAGCAGUCUCAGUCCAUUCGCGGAGGAACGUUGGUGUUACAGCAGUGGCAUUUAAUAAGGAACUUGAUCCUGUACAGAAACUCUUUGUGGACAAGAUUAGAGAAUACAAAUCUAAGCGACAGACAUCUGGAGGACCUGUUGAUACUGGUCCAGAGUAUCAGCAAGAGCUGGAGAAGGAGCUUUUUAAGCUCAAGCAAAUGUUUGGUAACGCAGACAUGAAUACAUUUCCCACCUUCAAAUUUGAAGAUCCCAAAUUUGAAGUCAUCGAAAAACCCCAGGCCUGAAGAAAUAAAGUAAAAUUAAUCUGGUAAUUUGUCAUGGGUUAGCUGUACAACUAGUUAGAUGUUUCAGAAUAAAUAUGCAUUUCAUAACUGUCAAAUGUUCUUUUAAUUCUGAGUCCAAAUAAAUUAUUUGGUGAUGUUGA